UUUUAUCAAGAACCGCUUGGAUUCGGAUAUCGGCGAUAAAUUUUUCAUAUAAAUACGGUUCGUUUUUGAAUGACUAUAUUAGUUAACCAAGGUAUCCAUUACCAUUAUUAAGUUUAUUAAGGCAGUCUCGAUUCGACAACUAAACUAAGAUUCCUGGGUUGUUUUGUUCAAUUGCAAAAAGUCUGAGAAUAUAAUCUGAUAAUGGCGUUAGCAAUAUGCCUUUUCUUGGGCCUUCUUCUAAGUUCGUCUUGUGAGGCCUACAAAGCGCUGGUAGUAUUUGGAAUGCCAGCUACGAGCCAUUCAAAUUUAGGCAGAGGUGUUGUGAGAAAUCUUUUAAAAGAUGGACAUGAGGUAACGUUCAUCACCCCAAUCCCAAUCAAGGACCCUCCACCGAAUCUCCAUCAGAUUGAUGUGAGCAGUAACUUCGAGCUACUGCCAAUGGACCAAAUGAACAUAGAGAGGUUUUUGGGAAGUUCAAUGCCGGCUUUCCCUCGAUUUUUCGUUAAGAUGAUGAUGCUCAAUUUGGUAUCGAAAACGAUGGAACAUGAAAAUGUACAGAAACUACUAAACGAUACUAACGCGCAUUUUGAUGUUGUCAUCGUUGAGUGGAUGUUCUCUAGCCUUAGUGCAAGUUAUGCUACAAUAUUCAACUGCCCUCUGAUCUGGGUGAUCCCAGUAGAAGUUAACUCAUUGUCUAUUGGAUUAGUCGAUGCUUUACCGCACCCUGCUUAUAGUACUGAUCCUUUGUCAUCACACCUACCUCCCUUUAGCUUUUUGGAAAGAGCUGCAGAAAUAUGGACGAGGAUACAAGAAUCAAUCUUAGAAUUUUUGUAUUAUGAGUCCAAGGAUGCUGCAAACUACGAGAGAAUCGUUGGACCUCAAGUUCAAAAAAGAGGUCGGCAAGCUCCACCGCUCAGUGAAGUUAAACACAAUGCAUCUCUAGUGUUAGGUAAUUCAUAUGUAUCAAUGGGAUUGCCAUUAAGUCUACCACAGAAUUACAAGUCCGUUGGAGGUUAUCAUAUUGAAGAAGAAGUUAAGCCAUUACCCGAGGAUCUGGAAAAGAUAAUGAUGAACUCUAAAAACGGGGUCAUAUACUUCAGCAUGGGAUCCAACUUGAAGAGCAAGGACUGGCCAGAAGAGAUCAAACGUGAUCUCCUUAAAUUAUUCGGAGAAGUAAAACAAACUGUGCUCUGGAAAUUUGAAGAAGAAUUGCCGAAUGUGCCGAAAAAUGUUCAUAUUUUGAAAUGGGCGCCGCAGCCCAGCAUUUUAGCUCACCCGAAAUGCUUGCUGUUUAUAACCCACGGGGGGUUACUUUCUACCACAGAAACGAUCCAUUUCGGUGUUCCUACAAUUGCCAUACCUGUAUUUGGAGAUCAGUUCAUCAAUGUAAAGAAAUCUGUCGCUAGAGGCUUUACUCUGCAGGUUAACCUGUCUUACAAAUUGGCUGCAGACUUGAAAGUGGCAAUUGAAGAGAUGCUGAACAAUCCUAAGUAUAGAGAGACAGUAAAGGAGCUAUCCUACAUCUACCAUGAUCGUCCAGUGAAGCCGGGAGCAGAACUACGUCACUGGGUGCAGCAUGUAGUGAACACGCGUGGUGCUCCUCACCUGCGCUCUCCUGCUUUACUCGUGCCACUAUAUCAACGACUGUACCUAGAUCUAAUAGCACUCCUAGCAGUAGUUCUACUAGCUUUGUACACUCUUAUUAAAAAAAUAUAUCAUCGUAUUAAGUCUAAGAAAGUUGUUAAUAAUAAGAAGAGGAAUUAG